AUGGCUCCUGCAUCCCGCAGCGCUGCGGUGCCCGGUCCCCGGUGGAGCCGCGGGCAGGGCGCCCCUGGUCCCGCCAGCCCCCUCCCGGCCCCGCCGCCUGCCCACAUCCUGCUGCCAAAAUUUCGCUUCUCCAUCCUCCCCCUCAAGCCCCUGGGGGAGCAGAAACGAAACCCGCGGCCAGGCAGGGACCGGAGCCCGGGACCUUGGGGACGGGACCGCAGCCCCCGGGACCUCCUGCCCGGCCUCGAGCUCAGCGAGGAGAAACUUUCCUCCACCACGGGAGCAGGAAUCGCCCUAUUUGGCGCAGUCAGCAGCUCCUGUCGGGCUGCCACGGCCCGCCUCACGGCGCAGGAAUUCACGGGAAGCCUGCGCGGUGUCACAGCAGAAUCCUCAGGGCAGCGUGUGGUGGAGCGGCACCGGGCUAUGAUGGGUGACAGGACCCCGGGGGUGGCACCGGGCUGUGGAGGGUUUCCUGCAGGAAUCCUGGGCAUGGGCUCAGCCAUGGGCACGUGGUUGCUGCUCUUGGUGCUGCUGGUGGCAGCCCCGGCGGAGGCGGCGGCGCCGCGGCACCGCCCGGUGCUGCCGGACACGGCGGGCAGCGGGGACGGGGACGAGGCCUCAGCCACGCUGCCCGCCCAGCCCGUGACCCCCCGCAUCAGCCCCACCGUGGGGGCGGCACCGGGGACCACCGUGACCAACAGCUCGGCGCCGGGCGUGCUGGACGGGCUGGUGGACUUCUUCAAGGAGUACCUGCUGCUGGUGGUGGUGGUGGGCUCGCUGUCCUUCGUCCUCCUCUUCAUCAUCUGCGCCGCCGUCAUCGUCCGGCAGAAGCACAAGGCCUCUGCCUACUAUCCCUCCUCCUUUCCCAAGAAGAAAUACGUGGAUGAGCGGGACAAGUCGGGGGGAGCGCGGGACUUCAGCGAGGUGCCCGACAAAGCCCCCGAGGCCAGCGCAGAGGAGCCGCUGGACGGCAGCUGCCAGCUCCAGGCCGACAUCCUGGCUGCUGCCCAGAACCUCAAAUCCCCCCACAAGGCUCCGCUGGCCAACGCGGCCCACGGCGACUAG